GAGCAAAGAGAAAAGAUUUUACAAAUUAAUAAAAUUUGAAAACAUUGAGAUCAACAUACGAAGUACAGAAAAAAAAGAGUUUUCAGUACAUUUUAGCAUCCAUGAAAACAGGCUGUGCAUAAAGGAACAUUUACCUAACCGCUGGUAUACUUUUAAGUGUACAUUAAAUUUUUUAUUUAUGAGUAGUGAAAACGAGUACGCCAAAAAAUAUUGUAGAAAAAAGCGUUCAGUUGAGAACAGCCAAACGUGGUGAUUUUGUUGUUGAAAGCGAUAGAACAGUAGACUGAAAUCUGGUUAAAGUUUUGGAAGUCAAAUUAUUGGCAGACAACCGAUUUUAAACAGACAGAAAUUCCAAACAUUCAACAAUUCAGGGUUAAGACGUUUUUGUUUUCAAGUUCAAAAAUAUGUUUCACGAAAUAAUGUUGGCUGGUAUAUAAAACUAUAGUUGUUUUGACAAAAGCAAAUCUCGUUCUUAAGAACGUAUACGAAUGCUAUUUAUAAUUUAGAAACUCGCUGUAGCCUAACACUCAUGUUGUCAAACUGGCCGUCAAAAGAACUUAGUAACCAAAGCAGAUUUUAAACUUUUCUUGUAAUUGUUGGAUUACUGGAUCGAUACAGACACAAGACAAAUUAGUUUCUGCCUUCCGGCCAACAUAGAUGGACGGUGGUAGCUUUAACGUGUGGCUGGCGACAUUUGUUAUACGUUUGCUUAACGAUCUAGUUGUUUAUAAAAGUAAAAUGCAUGAAUGUAAUGAAUGACGGGAAAGAACAAGUGUUUUCCAAGAAACUUGGAUUUCUAAUGAGGUUUGGUGCGAGGUAUGAGAGUUGUACUUCUAGUCUAACAGUUUUGCGUAAUUGCACUCGUGAUGAAUUCUCCCGUACGUUUUACUGCGUUAUGCUGGUGGAAAGUGUUAGAGGUUGGUAGUUAAGGGGGAAGGGUUAGUGGGUAUAUGGGUAGUAGUUGGUUUUGCGGUUAGCAGAUAACGUAGGGGGUGGGGGGACUGUAAUGGUGUAAGGUAUAGAAACCAUGUUAUCGUAUUGUGUGGUAAACGAGGAUAGAUUUACGUGGGUUUGCGGUUUGGGGUCAAAAAUGAAAAUUUCCUGUACAUUGAUUAAGUGUAAAAUAGAAGAGAGAGAUUUUAUUGUUUAUUUAUGAAAUCAUAUAAAAAGAGGUUUUUCAGAAAUGUCAUAUUUAUUGUAAAUUGAGAUUUUAUUGUUCAGUUAUAAAAUCAAAUUAAAGUGAUUUGUUUCUCAGUGGUGUCAUAUUUAUAUCGGUAAAUGCCAGUAAUUGAAGUAACAUGUAAUAAAAACCGCUGCCAACGCAUUAGACUGUAGAUGAAAGGCGAUCGUUAUGCAUAUAGACGAGGGACGCUAACUUUGACGUCAUGCAGUCGUUUCCACUUAUUCAGCGUCCAAUUUCUAUCAAUUUAACUUUAACAGUGUCUUAGGUUAAGUAGGGUUGUACUUGAUAUAUAUGCUUUACAAAGCAAGUACACCCUAUACAUUAAAUACUGCUUGCUUUGUACUUGGAUGUAGGCCUACCAAUCUACCAUUAGUGACCACAGGGUUAAACCCAGUUCCUUCCGUUAGGGAACUCCGUAUAUAUAUCGCUUUAGAAACAGAAUAGACAUUCAGUUUGAGAUUUGAACAGAAACUAUUAAAGACUUUUGGGUGUCAGACUUAGGUUUAAAACUGAGUUGCACAACUUUUAUAAUUUAAACCGUUUAGGUUGUUUUCUAUACAGAGGCCUAAAAUGUGGCCGAAUAAACCUUAGAAGUGAGUACGACGAUUUGAUGAUUAUUGUCUGUUGCGUUUCGUAGCACCAGAUCCUGACUGUAUUUCUUUACACAAGAAUCGUCCAAACUGUAUGAGCACCAGAUCAGGGUCAGAUUCGUGAUUUUUUUACGGUUAGAAGACGUGGUCUCAAAUCUCAAUCAAGGAAUAGAACCAAUAGGUCUAAUUGGAGCAUCAAGAUCACAUUUAAAGAUGGAGGGGGAAGUAAUGAAGAAAAGAAUCCAUGACGCUCAAAAUAUCAUCUUUCCAUUAUUAGCAGGAGUUGGAAUUAUUGCCAAUACAUUUGUCAUAGUUGUGAUUUCGAUUUGGGAACGUUGCCAUAGGAACCGAACAGUGGCGAAUUCGUUUGUUGUGAAUCUUGCUAUUGCUGAUCUAUUGUUCCUUGUGGUGCUGCCUCUGUAUAUGCCCGCUAUACUUACAGAUGGUUGGAUAUACGGGGUGGGGAUGUGUAAAGUUAUAGAAGCAAUCAAAUACAUUAACUUCCGAGCUUCCAUACUGUUCCUUACGAUGAUGAGUGUGGACCGUUACCUUGGCAUCGUAUUUUCCAUGCGAUCGAGGGAAUACAGAACCAGGAAAAACGCUAUCAUGACGUGUAUUGUACUUUGGCUGCUCAGUAUCGCAGCUGCGGUGCCGAUUCUUGUAUUUGCGAAUGUCGAUACUGUCAAAAAGGAAUGCGUGCUACAGUUUCCAGGGUACGAGUCUGACUUCGUAUCCGAUAAAGAUCUGUAUGAUAUCUAUGGGUCAAUGGAUAUAGGAAACCUUAGCGAGCCCUUGGAGUCUUCAGGAUUAGAUUUUGGAGCGGCAGAAGUUUUGGGUGUUGUUAACGAAAACAACAGCUCAAGUGAUGAAAUCUUGCAGCGUGAUAACUUCUGUAAGUUUACGGAGUUGCAGCAUUCUGUUUGGUAUGUUGGCUGGGAAUACAGUAACUUUGCUUUGUUCUUCGUAAUACCGAUACUAUGCAUCAUAUUCUGUUACUCAGCCAUCAUAAAAGCAGUGAUGACACGACAUAUACAAAGCAGCACCAAGGCACAAGAUCAGCAUCAAGUAGCGCGCAUGGUUGCUCUAUUAGUGGGAGUCUUCAUAUUAAGUUGGGGGCCGUUUCAAACUUGGAAACUUCUUACGUUACCACCCGGACAAAAGGUUCCGUACAAGAACAGUUGUAUUGUUAUUGAAACAAUAGUGACAAUGAUGGCUUGGUCGAACAGUGCUAUUAACCCGAUUCUAUACUCGCUUUCAAGCAAGAGGUUUUGGGAAAAAUCUAAAGCAGCUUGGGUGUUUAUAAAGCAAGGACAGAGCAGUUUCAUGGUGUACCAAGCAAGCACAAAAACGGCUCGCACCCGCCUUACAACUCAUGGAAACGUCGGUAACCCAGUUGGACAACGACUACCGGUAUCUCAGAUUAAUCCACAUUACGUAGACGACAGACAUCAACACAGCACAAACUUGUGAAGACAUUUGAAUAUAGUAGGGUUGGGGGAAGACGGGACAUCUUUAGCACAUGGUAUCCAAAUAUCCCGAUCGAGUUUUAAACAAUUAACAACUGUUUAUGGGAUUUGUGAGGAAACAGUUUUACAUUUUUUAAGUGUUUUUUUUUUGUUUACUGCCACCUGGGACGAGAAAAUAGAAUAAAAAGAUGUCCUAUCUUCCCCCACCCUACUACAUAUCAGCCAUUUUUUACCGCUUAGACAAGAAUAGGUGUUUCAAUCAGUAUGUAAUCAACUGGUACUUUACCAAUUCUUAUAUUUAUUCUCAGGGUUAUAUGACAAAGUAACUGUAAUAAUAUUCUAUUUGAAUAGGAGACUGACGAUGCCAUUUAGGCGAAUUAUCUCUCUUAUGGUAUACAAUCUGUAGAACUUUUUUUCUGUUACAUUUUUGUAGCACCAGAUCCCUCUUAUAGAACACUAACUUUUUAACCAACUGUUGUAUUACUGUUUUUAAGCAUGUUUAACUGUUUCCCUAUUAUGUGCCUGUAACAUAUACGCUGGUAGACUGUUCCACUGUUACUGACUUGCUAAUACUGCGUGUGUGUGGCGGAGCAAGAGGGGUGUUUCGGGGGCGGCAGCUCCUCCCUU